UAAGCUUCCAUCAAAUUGCGCAGUUGUGCCGCAAACUUCACGUUAUAUUUUCCUCAAUUUUCAUAAGUGAGAACCUCGCAAUAUGACUGGAAUAUUUCAGUUGUUCUUAUUGGUCAGCGCGACUGUGGCCUCCGAGCCAUCGUGUCCAGCGUGCUCCAAAUACGAUUAUGAGGAAAAAUUGCUCGAGAGAAUGAUUCGCGUGCAGUUCGCUUAUGAGAAAUUGGACGAAAAGAUGGAACAGAAUUUGAACAAGAUUGAACAGGAGAAAGCACGUCUGCACAAGAUCGUUGAUGACCUAAAGGAUCAACAAGAGCAAGCAGGACGUAGACUGGCUUCACUUAUGCAGGAGGUUGAGAGAAACCAGUCCAGCACACUCGAUAUGGUUGUGGCUAAUUCUAACAAUACGUUAGAACAAAUACGUGCCGCCUUCAAUAACAUAAAAGAACCAGUUCUCAUCCCAGCGGUGUUCUUCCACGCUCGCUCUCCUCAGACCAGCAGCGUGACCACAGGAGAAAUAAUAGUUUACAAGACAGGGGAGACCAACCAGGGCAACGGCUACAGCGCUAUCACGGGCAAGUUUACCGCUCCAGUACAGGGACUCUACAUGUUCUUCAUGCACACCUGUACCAAUACAAAAAAGAAUGCUUAUCUACAAAUAGUGAAGGACGGAAUAAAUCUCAUUGCAAAUGACCAGUAUGAUGCAAAUGGAAUUACCUGUUCAAGUAGCCAGGUGUUUGUAAAUCUUGACAUCGGAGAAAACGUCUGGGUGCAGUGCUCGGUUGGGGCCUCGACCGUCCAGCUAUAUCAUGAUGAACGGUACCGUUGGACUAGUUUUGGUGGUGCUUUGAUUCACAAUUGAUAGCUUCGGUGCGAAACUUUGCUGUUCAAAUUCAUGCACGGAAUAAUUUUGAACGACGAUUUAUCAAUUACGUUUUUGAAUGUUUGAGACUUAUGUUGAAAGUAAAGACUUGUUUUUCAAACAAUGUAUUUCAAUUAUUCGUAUACAGUAAUUGUUUUGUCUGUAUCUUCUUCUAAAACGUUUUGCUUUAGAAGUUUACCUGUUAGUUUCACAUAAUUUAUAUGAUAGCUAUAACUAUGAGCGUUUUAAUGCACAAUGAUCAAAUCCUAAGAGACACUCAACGAGAAAUCAACGAGGAAACGUCACAAGGCAACAUACACAUCUGUAACAAUACUAAUAAAUUGAUAUCAGUACAAAUACCGUGUAACCGCAUGAGAGCGGUUAAUGGAUCAAAAUAGGGGUUUAAACAGGUAUCUCAUCUACUUAUUUCCCCAACCAGUUUGUUAGCAGAUCGGACGCCUUUUACUAUAUGCAUAUGCAUGUGUUUUUAAACACAAUCCAUAUUGAAGUGAUAUUUCCUUGGUAAAACUUUGGCUUGUGCUAAUAGUGUACCAGUAAAUAUUGUUACGUGAUUAAUUGAACAUGCGUAUUUUAAACAGUACUUUUUGGGAUGUUUGUUUUUGUUAUCUGUAUAUAGAGAUAGGGUUGUUGACAAUUUGUUUUGUUGUUGCGUUGCGCUUUGUUAUAUGUCCUUCCGUUGAAGUUGACACCGUAUCGAUAGCAAUAAGGCUACGCCUACAGUGUUAAAUGACCCCUUAGGAUGGGCCCUCCGAAAAAGUACCCUGAAACAGGUGAUUAGAAUAAACAGAAGCUUUACUUGGCAAUAAGAUACAAAAACCAUGAAACGUGGUAACAUGUUACAAUUCAAGCAAGUACAGUCGAAACCCGGACCAAGGACCAAGCGGGAAUUCUUAACUUCAUCUUGGAGUAUAAUUAUUGCUAUUGGUCCCAGCCUUCUUAUGAAGAAAUCGGUCGUUUACUUACAGUUUGAGCUAACGAGAAAUUCGAGCCAAGCGAGAACGAGUCAACGGGGUUCGACUGUUAAACAUUUAAGUAGUUGAAUACGACAUUUGAUAUAGGUAGAUAUUUAUAAACGCUAAGACAAUUCUUUCUAAAAAGAUCGAAUCCCCAACUUUCGGUAAACAAAAUGUAAAUUAAUAUAACUGUCGAAUUAAAAAAAUACAACAACAACAAAGAGAUGUUUAGAAAAAAAUGUCAAAACUCAAUGUGUUUCGCUGUUGUUUUUCUUUUCUCUAUUAAUAAUUACAAUUUUGAUUGAAGAAUUAUUAUUAAUAUAAUAUCCGAUUUUGUUUAUUUGCUAUGCAUCAAUAUCCAAAUGAAAUGAAAUGCACAACUACAAUUACACGCAACAAAUAGGUUUCAAAUGAUUAUAGUCAUAAUCAAUAUACGUUUUAUACUUUGAUUUGCGUCAUUUACAAAGUUUUAAAAACUAUUCUUUUUAUAUGCACGUAUAUUUUAUUUGUGACCUAUAGUAAUAUAUGAUAUAAGUGAUUUAAUCUAAAUUAAUAAACACUUGUGAUUCAAUUUAUUGAUAACAGAGUUAACUCCUUCCUUAAAAGUAUGUUUAAGGAAUAUUUUGCGGGACUGAUUUCAUUAUCGGGGUAUGAACCCAGGUGGGCUGGUUUAAAUGUAGUGAAUCCGAUAAUUACACACUUCAGUUCUUAUAUUUACACCAAUUGUUCAUUUCUUCUUUCAAGAAUUGUUAUAAAAUGCUUUAUUUACAUUUAAAAAACAUACAGUAAUUCUUUCUUUCCCAUUCUAUUAAUCGAACGAUUUAAAUAUAAUAUAUUAACUCUUUCUGACAUGUUGAUUAAAGUUUUCUGUGGCCUGCUAACACAGCCCAAACGAUUACAAGAUAAACACUUUUCGAUUUACAUGUAUAUUAAUACGUGACGAUUCGCGAUCAGAUUAAAUCCGAAGAUAUGGUGUUAAUUGGGAAAUAUUCGCAAUUGACGGAAGGCAGUUAUUUCAAGGAAUGGUAGUUGAGUUGUAAACAUAUAUGUAUAUGCUUUGGACAUAAGAGUGAGACAACUUUCGAAAUGUAAUUAUAUCACAAAAUAUCGUCAAUAGUAUAUACUCAAAUUGAAUCUCUGUACUAGUAAUGACAUUUCCUAUUUGAAACUAACAAAUGUUAUAUGUAGAGUAUGUACGGUUACAUUAAACGAUAAGAACAUCUGGAUGGUUAAAGUAUUCUACUUAAGUUCACUUUUGUUUCUAACUUAUACCAAAAUGGGAAAAUCUAGCAUCAUUCAGUAUUUCGACUUUUCUUAUACAUGUCUUAACUUUCCCUCAGUGAUGAUGAACAUAUUUUAUAAUUUUUAUGUGGUUGUUAUUAUUAGUUUAGCACAAUAAGUUCAAUAAAUAUAUAGAAAAUAG